ACUUAAAAUGGGCAAAACAACACGAAUUAAAAAAUAAUUGUCCCGCCCAUGACAUGAUCACGAUGUAAGCAGUUUUUUCUGUAUAUAAAGCCAGAUGUGCGGCAGGUGCCGAAACCACAGCACUUGGAAGACCACCGUGUUUUCAUCAUCACUUCCAACAAGUGGCUUUAAAUAGGCAGCGGCGGGGGACUCCAAGACAGCAUGGCGGACACCGACAGUAAUAAGAGUUCGGCAUCCCUUUCUCGGGCUCUGUCAAACCCUAAUUUGGGUUCAAAAGAAACGCAAGUACCCCCAAACUCUCAGCUGCACUCCACCCGAAGGAGAACGCUGUCGAGAUGCGCCUCGGAGAACCGCGAGGCGGCUGCAGCCUGCGCCGCAGAGUCGCGGGUCCUGGUCAUCAACACCGGAGGAACCAUCGGGAUGACACUUCAAGAUGGAGUGCUCAACACAGAACCCAAUCGUCUUGUGCGGAGCCUGCGCAAGCUGCCCAUCUGCCACGAUGAGGUCUAUGCCCAGCAGACUGGCCUGUAUGACUACUAUGACGCCAACGACACUCUGGUCCUGCCACUGAGUAAGUUAAAGAAAAGGAUCAUUUACACGAUCCUGGAGUACGAAACUUUGCUGGACUCCUCCAAUAUGACCACAGAGGAGUGGGCCAAAAUUGGAAAGAACAUUGAGGAAAACUAUGAAAGCUACGAUGGGUUUGUGGUCCUUCACGGCACAGACACGAUGGCAUACACGUGCUCUGCCUUGUCCUUCAUGUGUGAGAAUUUGGGGAAGCCAGUCAUUCUCACCGGUUCCCAGGUGCCCAUCUACGAGUUGAGGAAUGACGGCAGAGACAACCUGCUGGGCGCAUUGAUAAUUGCUGGCCAGUUUGUCAUCCCUGAGGUGUGCUUGUACUUCUACAACAAACUCUACCGAGCGAACCGCGUCACAAAGGUGGACACUGGGAGUUUCAAUGCAUUCUCCUCUCCUAACCUGGCUCCCCUGGCCACUGCUGAAGUGGACAUUUCAAUUAACUGGGACACCGUUUGGAGGGAACGCACCAUUGCGAAGUUUCAAGUCAGCACUGAGCUGAACCGCAACGUUGGUCUGCUCAGACUGUUUCCGGGAAUCACGUCUGCUUCUGUGAAGGCUUUCCUGCAGGCGCCCAUGCAGGGUGUUGUCCUGGAGACAUACGGAAGUGGAAAUGCCCCCAGCAACCGUCCUGACCUGCUGGCUGAGCUGAAGGCGGCCACCGAUGCUGGCGUCAUCAUUAUCAACUGCACACAGUGUCUGAGAGGUGCCGUGUCGGCAUCCUAUGCUACCGGCAAGGUUUUGAUGGAUGCAGGCCUCAUACCUGGAGGCGAUAUGACUCCAGAGGCCAGCCUGUCAAAGCUGUCCUACGUAUUGGCCAAGAAAGAGCUCGAUCUGGGUGCAAGGAAAGCGAUGAUGGCUCAGAACCUGCGAGGUGAAAUGACCUCGCUGGAAGGAAGCAAGCUGUGUCUGGCUGACAGCCAUUUCAUCCAGAUCAUCGCCAAGUCGCUGAGCGUCAGCUGCAAGGAGGAACUGGAAGCCAUCCGUAACGCUUUGACUCCUCCUCUGGCAUGUUCUGCUGCCAAGAUUGGUGACAUCGGGGCGUUAGAAGCCCUAAAAGACAUGGGUAGCAACUUGUGUCUGGGAGACUACGAUGGACGUACACCUCUACAUGUUGCUGCUUGUGAGGGACACAUGGAAGUCGUGCAGUACCUGCUCAGUCACGGAGCCUCGGUCCAUGCUAAAGAUCGCUACGAAGACACUCCCCUAUCCAACGCUGUGCGCUUCAGGCGUAAGGAAGUUGUGAAGCUGCUGAGAAAGACGGGAGCCCACUUCUCCAGAGACCACCUGGAGGAAGCAGGAACUGAACUGUGCAGCCUGGCAGCCAUCGGCGACCUGGAGGGCCUGGAUAUCUGGGUUCUUGCUGGAGCAGAUCCAAAUACACCGGGCUAUGAUGGAAGGACGGCCAUCCAAGUGGUCCAAGCGAUUGGAAAAACCGAUGUGGUGAAGUUUUUAGCGCAGCUCAUAAGCAAGAAAUCCAGGAGUGUCUCUGGUGAAUUUAGUGGGUAUGAUGAAUAUGAUGAUGAGACCGGCGGAGUGAUCGAAUUCACGGCCACCCAGACAGGACACUGAGCUGAUGGCACCUCAGCCGGCAGGGGUCCAUGUCCGUCCAUUUCCUACCAAGCCGUCCUCCCAAACACCUUCCAGCCUUGUUUUUUAUUUUACCUUCUUUUUUAAGAAAAUAUCCACAUGGAUUUUAAUGCUAUAACUGCUUAAGUCUUUUCAAAUCAUUUCAAAUGUAUUAACAUCUCAAGGAGUAACCACUUUUUUUGAAUAUACACUGUUUAUGGAUGUGAUUUGGUCGUUGUCUUCUGUACCUUUGAGGAAACAUCUUACUGGUCUGAAAAUCUUCAUCAAAUGUUCAUUUUUUUGUAUCAACAACAGAAACCUCAACCACGGAAGUGUUGAUAAACUUCCGUCUUUUUUUUAAAUUGAAUACUGUGACAUGACUUCAUUAAGCAGAAUUUUCUUUUUCCAAAGUAAUAUAUUCCUGAUAUAUAGGAUUACAGGGUAUAUUCACAGAUUUUAUUUGUAUGACUACUUUUGUACUGAGAAACUGGGAAGCGUAUUAACUUGUGAAAUUAUGGUUGUGUUUUAUCAUCUUGGAUGUUAUCCAACUGCAACCCUUGUCCACCUCAGUCAAGGAACACAUCAGUCCCUGAAGCUGAGUUUUUCACUUCCUGCUGCUCAACAGGUAUCACCAAAACCUGAAGUUACCUUCAAGACUCAUCCAGCCUGUUUCUUGUGCUGAUUGUCGAGCUGGAAGCGUCACAUAUCUCACACUUUGACUCAGAAAGGGGAAGUCCAGACUCUUGUGUGAUACAGAUUGUGUAACAAGUAAAUUGUAUUAAACACAUCUACUCUUAGUAUUAAUCAGCUUUUAUGAAUCUGUAUUUUAUAGUCAAUGCGUAAUUGCAUCAUGUAUACCUCCAUUUUCAAUGCUGCUGCUGCUAUUAUUUUCACAACCCUCCCCCUCCCCAAAACAUUUAAGAAAAGGCGAGAGCGUGACGAUAAGUGGUUCAGUUAUGUGUUUCUUCUGUGGAAAAAGCAAGAGAAAUAAAUCUAUUGA